AGAGGGCGACAUCAGGCCUUUGUUCACCUCUCGCUUCUGUAUCGUCUCGCGCUCGCUCGACGCCUCUCGAUCCCUGAUGGCGGAUGCGAAGAUCGCCAAGCUCCAAUCCGCCGUCGCUGAACUCAAUCAGAUCAGUGAAAAUGAGAAAUCUGGAUUUAUCAGCCUAGUGUCUCGCUAUCUGAGUGGCGAGGCAGAACAGAUCGAGUGGAGUAAGAUCCAGACUCCGACUGAUGAAGUGGUCGUGCCUUAUGAUACCCUGUCACCACCUCCGGAAGAUCUUGAGGCAACCAAGAAACUUCUCGACAAGCUUGCGGUGCUAAAACUCAAUGGAGGACUGGGAACCACCAUGGGAUGCACGGGGCCCAAAUCUGUUAUUGAAGUGCGUAAUGGAUUUACAUUCCUCGAUCUGAUUGUUAUCCAAAUAGAGUCUCUCAAUAAGAAGUAUGGAUGCAAGGUCCCUCUGCUUUUGAUGAAUUCUUUCAACACUCAUGAUGAUACACAAAAGAUCGUGGAGAAAUAUGCCAACUCAAAUAUUGAGAUUCAUACAUUUAACCAGAGCCAGUACCCUCGUUUGGUUAUGGAAGAUUUCCAGCCACUGCCAAGCAAAGGCCAUGCCGGGAAGGAUGGCUGGUAUCCUCCAGGUCAUGGUGAUGUUUUCCCAUCCUUGAUGAACAGUGGCAAGCUUGAUGCCUUGCUAUCACAGGGAAAGGAAUAUGUCUUCAUUGCAAACUCGGAUAACUUGGGUGCUAUAGUUGACAUAAAAAUCCUAAACCAUUUGAUUAACAAUCAGAAUGAAUAUUGUAUGGAGGUGACACCAAAAACUUUGGCUGAUGUGAAAGGUGGUACAUUGAUCUCAUAUGAAGGAAGGGUUCAGCUUCUUGAGAUUGCACAAGUUCCUGAUGCUCAUGUGAACGAAUUCAAGUCAAUUGAAAAGUUUAAGAUCUUCAAUACUAACAAUCUAUGGGUGAACUUGAAGGCCAUUAAGCGACUCGUUGAAGCUGAUGCACUUAAAAUGGAGAUUAUUCCAAACCCUAAGGAAGUAGAUGGUGUAAAAGUUCUUCAACUGGAAACUGCAGCUGGAGCAGCAAUUCGAUUCUUUGACCAUGCAAUUGGGAUUAAUGUUCCUCGAUCUCGGUUUCUUCCAGUGAAGGCAACCUCAGAUUUGCUGCUAGUACAGUCUGAUCUGUAUACGUUGGUUGAUGGUUUUGUUAUUCGCAAUAAAGCUAGAACAAAUCCCUCAAAUCCUUCAAUUGAACUUGGGCCUGAAUUUAAGAAGGUUGCCAACUUCCUUAGUCGUUUCAAGUCGAUACCUAGCAUCGUUGAGCUUGAUAGCUUAAAGGUUUCUGGUGAUGUUUGGUUUGGUGAAGGAGUAGUACUGAAGGGCAAUGUGAGUAUCGCUGCAAAGUCUGGAGUAAAGUUGGAGAUCUCUGAUGGAGCUGUCCUCGAGAACAAGGUGAUCAAUGGCCCCGAAGAUAUCUGAGCAUAUUCACGAAAUUUUGGUGUGUAAUUUGGGCUGCUCCAUGAGAGGCUUUGGAUUCCCUUUAGAGAGGUUUUGACUCUCACUCUUGAGCAUUUUACCCGCUUUGUUCUCAACUCAUGAAAUGUGAGCAUGUUUUACUCAAAACAAAGAGAAAACUCCUGCAUUUACAUUGUUGUUUUCUCGCUGCCGUGAGAUGCAGCAUAUAAUGUUGUGAAACCAAAUUUUUAUCCCUGGCUUGCCAAUUCUCUUUGCUUGUUC